AUGGCGGCGGCGGCCCUCCCCCCCAAAUCCCCCCAGGAACCCCCGGAAAACCCCGACAAACCCUCGGAAAAAGCCCCAAAAUCGCCGGAAUUCGCCCCAAACUCCCCGGAGGAGGAGGAGUGGGGGGUGCCCUGGAGCGAGGAGGAGGAGGAGGAGCCCCCCGGGGGAUGGACCCCCGAGCCCCCCGAGAUCCGGCGCCUCUUCGAGGCCAUCGCGCGCGCCGGGACCCUCCCGCUGCGGAGCGGCCCCCUGCCCCGCCGCCAGCCCACCCCGGAGCCCCCCAGCGACCCCGAGGACGGGGGGGACCCCGCCCAGAGCCCCCCGCAGCGGCCCCCCGAGAUCAAGCCCCCUCCCCCCACGGAAUUCGAUUUUGACGACGAGCCCCUCCCCCCCAGCCCCGCCCUGAUCGACCGGCGCCGCGCCCCAGGGCCGCCGAGCCGGGGGCAGAAGCGCGAGGCGCGGCUGGACAAGGUCCUGUCGGACAUGAAGCGCCACAAGCGGCUGGAGGAGCAGAUCCUGCGCACCGGCCGGGACCUGUUCCCGCCCCAGGGCCAGCGCCCCUUCCCCAGGCACAAAAACUGAGGGAAAAUGGGAAAAAUGCAAAAAAAAUAACAUUUCAGGCA